GAAAUUUCACAAAAGCUUUUAAUCAUCAUUUCCAUUAUUUGUUCAUUCAUUCAAACACUCUUUCUCUCCACGACAUGUGGUUUGUGUUCCCAAUUUAGGCAUAACUUCAAAGAGAGAGAAACAAACCAUUCUAAUCUCAUCCAACAUCAUUGUUUUCUUCUCUUUCUCUUUCUCUUUCUCUCUCUAUUUCUAAGAUAGGGUUUCCAAUUUCCAAUUUUCACCAAAGCUUUCACCUUUCCCAUUCCAAUCUCAAAUUCCCUUCGACCCUUUUCAAUUCAUCCAAAAGGGUGUCACGGGAUUCGUUUCUUUCAGCUAUUCUUCUCCUCUAGAGAGAGAAAAUUAUGAUGGGAAUGUAGGGUGUUUGUUUUAUUGGUAAAAGAGCAAUGUUGGAAAUGGAGAAGGAUUUUGAUUCCAAGCUAAAGAUUCAAAGGAGUUCUUCCUCUUCCAAUGGUGGUGGUGGUGGUGCUGGGAAUGUUCAGAGAUCCAAAAGCUUUGCUUUUAGAGCUCCUCAGGAGAAUUAUACAAUUCAGGACUUUGAAUUGGGCAAGAUCUAUGGUGUUGGCUCUUAUUCUAAGGUUGUGAGGGCAAAGAAGAAGGACACAGGAGUUGUGUAUGCAAUGAAGAUCAUGGACAAAAAAUUUAUUACCAAAGAGAACAAAACUGCAUAUGUGAAGUUGGAACGCAUAGUGCUUGAUCAAUUGGAUCAUCCUGGCAUUGUGCGGCUAUAUUUCACAUUUCAGGACACAUUUUCUCUGUACAUGGCACUUGAAUCAUGUGAAGGUGGAGAGCUUUUUGAUCAAAUUACCAGGAAAAGUCGUCUAACUCAGGACGAGGCACAAUUUUAUGCAGCUGAAGUUGUCGAUGCUCUUGAAUACAUACACAGUUUGGGAGUGAUACAUCGUGACAUUAAGCCAGAGAACUUGUUACUUACAACUGAAGGACAUAUUAAAAUAGCUGAUUUUGGGAGUGUGAAGCCUAUGCAGGAUAGCCAAAUUACCGUCCUUCCAAAUGCAGCAUCAGAUGACAAAGCCUGCACAUUUGUGGGAACUGCUGCUUAUGUCCCUCCAGAGGUUCUUAAUUCCUCCCCAGCAACCUUUGGAAAUGAUCUUUGGGCACUUGGCUGCACAUUAUACCAAAUGCUUUCUGGAACUUCUCCUUUUAAAGAUGCAAGUGAAUGGCUUAUUUUCCAAAGAAUUAUUGCAAGAGAAAUUCGAUUUCCUGAUUACUUUUCAGACGAAGCAAGAGACCUUAUUGACCGACUAUUGGAUUUAGACCCCAGCAGGAGACCAGGUGCAGGACCCGAUGGUUAUGCUAUUUUGAAAAGCCACCCCUUUUUCAAGGGGGUUGACUGGAAUAACUUAAGGGCACAAACUCCUCCGAAACUUGCUCUGGAACCUGGGGCAGGGACUCAAUCGCCUGCUGAUGAUUCUCAGGAGUCAUCAUGGAGUCCUGCUCACACUGGUGAUGGUUCUGCAGCUUCUGCUAGACAGCCUGAUGGUGCUACAUCGUCUUCAGAGGGAGCUGGUUCCAUAACCAGGCUAGCUUCAAUUGAUUCCUUUGAUUCAAAAUGGCAACAAUUUUUGGAACCUGGGGAAUCUGUUCUUAUGAUCUCCAUGGUGAAGAAAUUACAAAAGAUAACAAGCAAGAAGGUGCAGCUCAUCCUUACCAACAAACCGAAGCUGAUCUAUGUUGACCCUUCAAAAUUAAUUGUAAAGGGAAAUAUAAUAUGGUCUGAUAAUCCAAAUGAUUUAAGCAUUCAAGUGACCAGUCCCUCAAAUUUCAAGAUUUGCACACCUAAAAAGGUAAUGUCGUUUGAGGAUGCAAAGCAAAGAGCAUCUCAGUGGAAAAAAGCAAUUGAAGGACUUCAAAACCGGUGAACCCAUUCUGGCUUUGAGAACAUAUUCUUUUAGACACCUUCGUCUUGUUCGGUAGGAAGGGAUGAAACGUUUGGACUCCUGAACAAUCAAUUUUUCAUUAAAAGAAAGUGAAUUUACAGAUUUAGCUUUGCUGAAGCUAAGUUCAAGCUAAAUCCUCACCACAACUUAAUUGAAUUUGUGAUGAGUAUUUCCAUCCUCUUUCACGCUUCCAUGGAAUGUAUGAUGAAAUGUGGAAGUUCUAAUUGUAGCUAUGUUGAGGGGUUGGAACCAAUACUUUGUAAGAAAAAUAUCAUUUAUUUUUUAUAUUAUAUAAUUAGCUGGAAGAUGAUGGCAUUUUGGUUAAUCAUAAUUUAUGAAUCAUUGAAUUGUUUAAUUUAUUGUUUCUUUAGCCCUAGGUCUAAAGGGGAAGCCACCCUGAACUUUCAAAGUAGAUGACUUGUACCUUGGCAUUUUGUAAAUAACAUGGCUGCAAUCACCAAUUC